AGGCCACCCUGUUCUCUUCGCCUGCCCUUCUCCCGUUCAAAUCCCACCCGUCACCUCCAUAAAUUCGCAGAAGCCCGGUUCCCAUCUCCUCAAAACCCUAAUUGAAAUCGAUCAAUGGAAGAGCAAGAGGAUCGACGACGACAGCAAAAACGACAACUCCAGGGCGGAGGAGGAGAGGAAGAGGGGGAGAGCAGUGGAGUUCUGAGGCCAUCGCUGCCGAUGGGGAGGGUGAAGAAGAUGGUGAAGCUGGACCGGGAGAUCAAGAAGGUGAACUCGGAAGCCCUUUUCCUCAUCUCCCUCUCCACCGACCUCUUCCUCCAAUCUCUAGUCUCCGGCGCACGCGACGCCGCCCUCGUCAGCAAACGCCGCACCAUCAAGCUCGACCACCUCCACUCCGCCGCGUGCUCCCAUCCCCCUACCUCCGACUUCCUCCUCGACUCCCUCGCACGGCCUGCACCUCCCUCGCAUCCGGCCGCCCGGCCCCGACCCGCCGCCGCCGCCGCCGAGAAGCCCCUCCCUCCCGGUGCCCGCCGGAUCGACGAUUUCUUCAGGAAGCCGUCGGCGGAUCCUCAGUGAUGACCUCAUCUCAUCAUUCCUGGCACUUGAUAGAAGAACCGAACCUGGAAAUGAAGCCAAUCCAUCUUUUGGAGCUCCCUUUAACUUAAGAAUGGAAUUGAUCAGAAGGAGACAAAGAGUUUGUUCAGGAAACUGGGCACCGUAUCUGGAUAAUUCAGACUGGGAAUGAAGGUCAGUGCCAGUCUUACCAAUUAGUAGAGUAAUUUUGUAAAAGGUCUGCUUUUCUGUAUGUGUCUCUUAAUGAAAAUCGGUUAGGUGCUGUUUGCGCCUCACAUUUCUCUCGUAUGUAGUUCGUUCUGUUUGUUUCCACCAUAGAGCAUUAGAGUAUCACAUUCACUAGCUUGUGACCAUAUUGAAGCUUUUGAAUACAUUUUAAUGUUUUUAUUAUUUGUUCUUCAAAAUCUGUUUUGAACUAAUAAUCUAUGUCAACAUAGCUUUAGAGAACUAGAAUUAAGAGUUCCUGCAAAGGCCUAGUUUUGCUUUUAUUUCAACUUCAACUGGCGCUUGCAAACUUAAAAUUUUUCAAAUCUUGGGGAAUCCUUCAUGAGUACCAAGGGUAAGCUCAUCUUUCAGUAUAUUUAUUUUUCGAGCGCAAAAUUAUAGCUCAUCUUUGACUUAUUAAUCAAUCAAGUUAAUUUUGGGCUGAAUUCUAAAGUGAAUGAAAGUUGCUUGCAAAUAACUCUGCGUGCUCAACAGCUAUGUUUGCCAAUGAUGAACUUAGUUCUUGAGAGUAGGGGGUUGGUAAUAUUUCUGCUCUGAUCUCCAUGGUUGAUUUCCAACUUCCCCCCUCAUGGAGAUUAACUAACAUCUAAAUAGAUGUGUCUCCAAUCAUGCUUUUUUUUUUUUUUUCCUUCUUUUGUUUGCUGCUGAAAAUGAAAGUAUCAUAAAUAAUUUGUACGGAUACAACUGAAAAAAUUAAAAAACAAAACAUCACCGAAAUCGCCAGGCAAAUCCGCCUCUUCCUUCUAUAGGAGCUCUCCAGAAUGGUUGGCAACAAAAGAACUAAAGAAGCCAAUCAUGCUUUUUAUUUUUGCUAAUUGAAAUAUUAAAAUCCACUGUAUGCUUGCAUCUGGCAACCAGCAAAGAGCUGCAAGACGUCUUCUAGAGCUAACCUACCUUACUUAGAGUGUUAAAAAAACAAUUUCACAAAGGCAAUAUUUGUCCUAUGCCGACCUAGGUAGAUGUAUUAGUCUUAUGGCAGCUUCAUGAACAGCUGUAUCAGAAGAUGUAACAUAUAUAGUUUCGGAUGCACUGCGUUUCCACCUCAGAUUUAAGCUGCCACAUUGCAGCAGCAGGAUUUGGUAAUCUCUUGGUAUUUGACAUUGAGCUGCAGCUUCUCUGCUGUAUGUUCCAGCGGAAACAAAAGGAGCGUUUUUUCUGUGAAAUUCCCAAUUUUUUUUGAGAACUCCGAAUUCGGUCGGGUACACAGGGAUCACAAGCACCGAGUCUUCUGAACAGCCAAGCACCAUAAGAAGGUACCACUGCUGGUUUCCCUCCUCUUCUCAGUUCUCUCACACACACACACACAC